AUGAUUAUGCAUACCAGGAAUGUACCUGCAUUGGUGGCACUAUAUAAAUGUGUGUGUCGCCAGGAUUCCGUGGCCAUGGGUUUAUUCAACAAUAUCAAAAAAAAGAUCCAGGAUGCGGAGGAUAAGUUGGUGAUGAAGAUGACUGACGAUUUCUACAAGGAUGCGAAGCCAGAGACCGAGCGAGACAGGAAAUUAAAAGAACACCAUCUCCAGAAGGCUGCAGAACAUGCCCACAAAACUGGACAGCCAGCCACCAUCCUUGAGAAUGGCCAGUGGUAUAUUUAUCAUCCUGAUGGGAGAAAGGAGCCUUUGGGGCAGGCACCAGAGCCAGAGCAUGUGGCUGCUAAAUCUGAGUGA